UUAAAAGAACAAGGACCAUGGUGUGGUUUGUUAUAUUAUAUUUAAUUUUAUUAUUUAACAGUGGGGCAAAUGCAGGCCUGCCCCCACCAAGGAGAGGAGUGGUGGAGAGGUAUGAUCCCAGAUGGAAUACAAUGGCAGUGGGUGAUCAUCCUUCUUUUACUUUAGAUGAGAAAAGAAACCGUGGUUUGGAUCAUCAGUGCCAGGAAAAAUGCUUCCUAACACCAGGGUGUGGAGCUGUCGUUAUUAAGGAAAAACUUUGUUACAUUAUCUCAGAGAAAGAUGCUGAAAAUACUAUUCCAGAGGUUGGAUCAACAUACUUUAGGAGGAUCCCCGAAGCAAAGUUUUGGGAGACCAAUAUCAUCAAGAAUAAGUACACGACUAUCCCUCCAUUGCCUAGUACAAAACCACCACUGGAAACUACAACAUCAAUUAAAACUACAACUACAACAACAACUAAAAUUACAACUACAACUACUACAACUACAACAACUACCACAACUCCUACAACAACUACAUCUAUCCCAAAUGAGCCUGGAUGGAUGUUUGUAACAGAUAUCAACUAUGAGUCAUCAAUGAAAUCCGCUAGCACAACCAGUGACUGCUGUAUAGAGUGUGAAAGCCCUUAUGCCAACCUUAUACCUGGAAAAAGGGGGAAAGCUGACUGUGAAUGCUUUAAUCCAAAAGCAGCCUAUGAAUGGUACCCAGCAAUGGAUUUGGACAUGACAGGGAUGAUUGUAUCAGUGACAUGCACUGACACCCCAGUACCACCACCAGGCGUAUGGACUGUUGGUUUUGAUUUAUCUCCUUCUGAUAAAUAUUUCAAAUCGAACAUGAGAAAACCUGCACAAACACCGAGUGAAGUUUGUAAUAAAUGUAGAACUAAAUUUGUUGGUCAUGAUGGAGGCAGAAUCUACUAUUGCUACGAACUAGAGGAUCGUAGUUAUCCAGCCUCUCCAGUUUUUGAAAAGUCUCUAAGUACUCAAAUCACCACCUGCGAAAACCCCUUGAUUUAAACAAUCUGGAAAAAAAGUAAAGGAGUAAUAUUUAAUGAUUUUGUGUGACUGUAGUAAACACCUACUCCAUAACAAGAUACUGGUGUAUAGAUGAGCCCCCUGAGAGAUUGCAGUACGAUAUUUAUACUGCAGUACAGGCUGUAUAUGAAGAAACCUGUUAUAUUGAGUAUAAGUUUUGUAAACCAUGCCUCACUGUACACUAUUUGUCAGUUAUUUUUCGCUACGCGCGUUUAGAGGAUUUGAGAUACUACGCGAAAAUUAAAAUUCUUAAUUAUUUCUUGCAAAUCUAGACUAGAUGGAGAGAGAGCUUUCGCUAGCAACAAAAUUACGAACACAUGAAACAUAAAUUAUUUAUACAGAGGGUACAGCAGUUUGAUAGAUACGGUUUGAGGUUUGAUAUAGUUUUUCAGAACUAGAAAAGAAGAGAAAAACUAAUUCGCCAAAACAAAAACGGAAGUGAAAGAUCCUCUUGAAAAGUAUGUCAAACCUCCUAAUUGGUACUCACACAAACACGUACUGUAAAGUCUGAAUCAAGAGUUGAAAAAUAUUGGUAUUACUUAAAAUUUUAAAGUAAAUAAAAAUAACAGUAUAAAUAGAAAGAAAUUUUUUGACUGAGAAC